AUGGAUGCCAAUAAUCCCCUGUCAGACCGCGAGAAGGCGCUGGAGAACGAGUACAUUCGCAAGAAGGAGAUUCAGAUGGCCAAAGAGAGAGCCGCUAAACAACAAGCUGCUUCUGGGCGUCGCAGUCCCAUCGCACAAGGGUCGCAAGAUGUAAAUAAGGACAAAUAAGCAGGGCGCAUAAUUACAACCUAGUACAAUCAUUCUAUUCACACUCUCUU